GAAGAAACGAGUAUUUGAAAUAGUCUAUAUAAAGUCAGGUGCGAUAACAUACAAUGGAAACAUAACCUAUUCAUGAUUUUAAAUCGAUCAAACUAAUUGUGUGCAACAAAUAACAAUGUCUUGCUUAAAAAAUCUUCUUCUUUUAAAACGUUCGAAUCAAGCUUUUAGAAGUACAAUUACAUUUCGACAUUCACCAAAUUUUUGGCAAUGUUAUCCGCAAGAUAACGUUAGAACCAUAAAUAUUUUUACACCUUUACAUAAAUCCAAUGAAAUACGCUCAUUAUCAAGUGAAAAACAAUCCAUCUUUAGAAACAGUGUUAUCACAUGGAAAAGUGUAGCAGUUACGAGCAUAGGAUGUGCAGUUCUUUUAAUGUAUAUGUAUUAUCUUCAAGAAUCAAAAGAUAAAGAAAUAGAACGUGAGAGAAGACGUGAGCUAGGCAAGGCAGCAAUUGGUGGAAAAUUUGAAUUAGUUGAUUCUAAAGGACAAGUAUGGAAGUCAGAUGAUUUUUUAGGACAGUGGGUUUUAAUAUACUUUGGUUUUACGCAUUGCCCUGACAUAUGUCCUGAUGAACUUGAAAAACUGACAGAAAUUGUUGAUAAGUUGGAGACCCAGCAUAAUACAAAAGUUCAGCCUAUAUUUAUUUCUGUGGAUCCUGACAGAGAUACGCCAGAAGUUGUAGGCAAAUAUGUUAAAGAAUUUUCUGACAAAAUUCUUGGCCUUACUGGAACCAAAGAACAAGUUGCUAAAGUAUGCAAAGCUUAUAGAGUAUACUACAGCAAUGGGCCCAAGGAUCAAGAUUCAGACUAUAUUGUUGAUCAUACGAUAAUCAUAUAUCUCGUUGAUCCAGAUGGUAUGUUUGUGGAUUAUUAUGGUCUGACUCAUACUGCUGAACAGGUUAUACAAAGUAUGUUAAUAAAUAAACUUAAGUAUGAGAACUUGAAGAAAGAUUCUUGGAUUCCAACAUUGACAUUAAAAAACCCACUACCAACAUGAUUUAUUUAUAUUCUACUAUUAUAUUUAUUAUGUUAAUAGUUAAAUCUCAAGUAUGUUUUAAGCAUUUUCUUGCAUUAAAUUACCGUUUACUUAUUAUGAUUGUAUAAAAAGAAAAAAAUCAUAUGAAAAAUAAAUAACUACUUGCACUAUUUGAAUUAAA